CUUGACAUUCACAAGAUGGCCGCCACGUUACAUCCUCCCCCCAUUGCCAGUCUCAAUGUGGUGGCCGGAUGUCGCUCUCCUGGUGACGCACGAAGGGUGACCGGCAGCGUGAAGAUGGCAGAGGGAGAGCGGGCAGCGGAUACCGGAGGCGGGGAGACCGGAGAGAAGACGGCUGAGGAGUUAAAAGAGAAAGCCAACGAGUACUUCCGGGUGAAGGAUUAUGAUCGGGCUGUGGAGUAUUACACAAAGGCCAUCGCUCUGAAUCCAGAUACUGCAAUAUACUAUGGAAACCGCAGCCUGGCGUAUCUCCGCACUGAAUGUUAUGGCUAUGCUUUGGCCGAUGCUUCCCAGGCUAUUCAACUGGAUGCCAAGUACAUCAAAGGCUAUUACCGGCGAGCAGCCAGCAAUAUGGCCCUGGGGAAACUCAAAGCUGCCCUGAAGGAUUAUGAAACGGUGGUUAAGGUUCGUCCCCACGACAAGGAUGCCCAGAUGAAAUUUCAGGAGUGCAGCAAAAUGGUUAGACAGAAGGCGUUUGAACGUGCAAUUGCUUGCGACUCGAACAAUCGCUCCGUUGUUGACUCCUUGAACAUUGAAGGAAUGACUAUUGAAGAUGAGUACACCGGUCCCCAGUUACAGGAUGGCAAAGUCACAUUGGAUUUUAUGAUAGAAUUAAUGAAAUUUUAUAAAGAUCAGAAAAGGCUUCACCGGAAGUGUGUAUACCAGAUGCUAGUACAGAUGAAAGAAAUUCUGUCGAAACUUCCCAGCCUAGUGGAAAUCACACUGGACAAGUCUGAACAGGUGACAGUCUGUGGUGAUACACAUGGCCAGUUUUAUGAUUUCAUGAAUAUAUUCCAACUCAAUGGGCUCCCGUCUGAAAGUAAUCCAUAUAUAUUCAAUGGUGACUUUGUGGACCGCGGCUCAUUUUCAGUGGAGGUUAUUGUGACACUAUGUGGCUUCAAACUACUUUACCCAGCUCAUUUCCACCUACUACGAGGUAACCAUGAGACAGACACUAUGAACCAAAUGUAUGGCUUUGAAGGCGAGGUGAAGGCCAAGUACUCUAACCAGAUGUUCCAGCUGUUUAGUGAGGUUUUCCAGUGGCUGCCGCUGGCAAUGUGCAUUAAUAAUCGCGUGCUGAUUAUGCACGGAGGCCUGUUCUCAGAGGACGGAGUAACUUUGGAUCAAAUCCGGAAUAUUGAAAGGAACCGUCAGCCUCCAGAUUCAGGGCCAAUGUGUGACUUGCUGUGGUCUGAUCCCCAACCACAGGACGGAAGGUCUACUAGCAAGCGGGGUGUGAGCUGUCAAUUUGGUCCAGAUGUUUCAAGAAGGUUCCUAAAAGAGAAUGGUCUUGAUUAUAUUAUACGCAGUCACGAGGUGAAACCCGAAGGAUACGAGGUGUGUCACGAUGGGCUUUGUGUGACUGUCUUCUCCGCACCCAACUACUGUGAUCAGAUGGGUAAUAAAGGUGCAUAUAUACAUCUCAGUGGUUCAGACCUAAAGCCCAAGUUCCACCAGUUUGAGGCAGUGCCGCACCCCAAUGUCAAGCCAAUGAUGUACGCAAAUUCUCUGCUCCAGAUGGGAAUGAUGUGAGGAGGUUUCAGGCAAUGGUGCUCGCACUGCAGCUGCUCCCCCACGGAGGGGAACUUCGGAAGAGACUGAAAGAGUUGCUCUGUAUUUUUCCCCAUCUCCCCCUCCACAGUUGGAGGUGUUACAGGGAAACAAAAGGAAUAUUUUUAAUACUGUAAAUGAGGCAGAAGUACAAGGGGCAGACAAGAGUUUGGGAGUGUUAUUUCACGUGUUAGCUGAGGGCGGGAUGUGUGUGUGUGUGUGCGUGGGCCUUGCUGUCUGCAGUGAGUGAGACGUGUGGCUGAAUGUGUGUGUGUGUGGGUCAUAUCAGCUAGAAACGCACAAUAAUCAUAUCCCUGGUCCCUCCUGUAUUACAUUUCCGUAUAUCUUUACCCUCCUGUAUACGUUCCAUGUGUGCAAUACCCCCUCGCGCUGUCUGUAAUUUACAAGCUUCUAAUAAAGAUUACAAUCAACUUCA